AUGAAAAUGAAGAAGGAAGAGAGAAAGAAUUGAAGUCCGUACAGUGGAUGGUGCAGCAGAGAGAGAGUGUGGUAUGCAUGGACAGCAUAUUAGACAAAGAAAAGGUUAAGGAGUAGCAGAGAGGGAGAGAGGGGCAGUUCGGAUUGAGAAUUAGUGUGAAAGGCACGAGACGUGAAGGGAACAAUAAAUGAGAGGGGGAAAAGAGAAGGGGUGAUGAGGCUCAUGAUAACCCUCAUGAUCGUCACGUCGUUUUUCAUUCGCUACUCCCAAAAAUCUCCCAGAAUUCCACGCUUCCUCACUGACUCCCUUCUUUGCUUUUCUUUUUUGCCUUUGUCCUCUCUCCCACUUUCUCUCUCUAAAUACCCUAGUCAACCUCAUGUCUCCCUCACUUUGUCCCAUAUUAAACCAACAACACUACCCUUUCUCUUUCUCUUUCUCUCAUUCUCUCUCCCCCAUAUGCUAGCUAGAGAUAGAGAGAGAGUGAUCAAUCCCCAUCUCUGAAUCCUCUCAGACACAAAAUACUUCACUCACUACUCUACUUUCAGCUUCAACUUCAACUAACUAUACUCACUUUCAACAAUGGCCAAACCCUUCCUUCACCUCUUUCUUCCCAUCAACCCAUGCCAUAUAUAAGCCUUCUCUACUUUUCAUUUAAGCCACCUACCUCUUACCAUUUUCUGGGCCACCUUCACAUCACUCACUGCCUUCCAUCCUCCACACCCCUUUUUAGAUUCUCAACUUUAACUCCACCCCCCCCACUCCUCCAUUUCAAUUUCCAUCACCCCACAACACAACCCCCCCUAACUAUUAUUGCACUUCAUUGAUUUUACAUCCCAUAUAUAGGUACACUACCUUCCUUCACCUAUUUAUAACCCCUUCCACAAACCCUAACUUUUCGUUUUUAUUAACUCAACACCAAUGUGGAUGGUUGGUUACAACGAAGCUGCCGACUUCACCAUGCCUGAUUAUGCACUCAAUGGAAGAAAACUCAGGCCUCUCAUGCCAAGGCCUGUCUCUUCUCCUAACAACACUCCAAACGCUAACUCUCCAUGCUUGACCCGCAUUCAUCAUGGCAAUGAUUUCUUCUCACAAUAUCACAAUCUCGCAUCAGUCGCAGAUCAGGGCAAGAGAGAGUUCAACCCUCCACCUGUAGUGGUGAGUUCGAGGUGGAAUCCGACCCCGGAGCAGCUGAGGGCAUUGGAGGAAUUGUACAGAAGAGGGACAAGAACACCGUCGGCGGAGCAAAUCCAACAAAUCACGGCACAGCUUCGAAGGUUUGGAAAAAUUGAGGGGAAGAAUGUUUUCUAUUGGUUUCAGAAUCACAAAGCGAGGGAAAGACAGAAACGCCGCCGUCAAAUGGAGUCAGCGGCCGAGGGUCAUCACACCCGUGACUUUGAUGGUACUCUUGAGAAGAAAGACUUAGGCGCAAGUAGGACAGUGUUUGAAGUUGAACAGACCAAGAACUGGGCACCCUCUACAAACUGCAGUACGCUUGCAAAGGAAUCUGUUUCAAUACAAAGAGCAGCAAAAGCAGCGGUUGCAGAUUGUAGAACAGAUGGAUGGCUCCAAUUCGAUGAAGGAGAGUUACAACACACAAGAAACUUAAUGGAGAGGAAUGCCACGUGGCAUAUGAUGCAGUUAUCUUGUCCUUCCCCUACCACAGUUUCACCCCACUUCAUAAACGCACCUCCCACCAUAUCUACUGCUAGCAUGGCCACCACACCCUCGAUAACAGCAAGAGUAAUGGACCCAAAGCUCAUUAAGACUCAUGAUCUCAGCUUCUUCAUUUCACCUAACAGAGAAAACGGUGUUAUCCACUUAAGCAGUAUCAACACCUACACCACCCCAGAUGAUAAUUCCGUGGAGUCUCAAACCCUUCAACUUUUCCCGGUGAGGAAUGUGGAUGAAAGCAGUGAUAACAUCAACCACCAAAAAGAGACAGAGGUAUCGGUCUCAGCAAUGAAUGCCCCAAGCCAGUUUUUUGAGUUCCUUCCAUUGAAGAACUGAACUGAUAUUUGCCUUGUAUGUAAAAUCAUGGGACUGCGUUUAAACAUUGUAUUUUGUUAGAAAAUAGUACUACUUUUAUUGUCAUGGAUGUUAUGUAUCAAGGAAUUGGUGCUGUAAUAGGACGGUAGUUUGAACGAGGUAUUUUGCCUUAAAAUGCAUUUGGACUAUGUUGAUUGAAUCAAAAAAGUAGUUAAGUCCAAGGGUUUAUUGUUUAGGGACCUUAUUUGAGUAACUUGAUAUGUAUGUACACACGUUGCUUCUCGUAUCUGAUAUGUGUGGCGAGUGAAACAGGAAAGAUGGUGGGGAAGGGAAGUAAAUAAAGAAUGUAUAAGGAAUUUGAUGUGAAGGUUUGAUUGAAGGCAUAGUAUCUGAAAUGGGAAUGAGAUGUGACAGACUAGGAUGUUGAAGUAACUAUGAGCAUGGGUUGGAGAAUUACUUUUGUUCUUUUGUUGCAUACUUAAAACAAUGCUGUACAUUACCAUCAAUGUUCUGACCGGAUGAACUCUGUAGUCCAAUUUAUUACAAUAAAGAAAUCACAUCAAUGCACCGAUAGGAAACACAGC